AUGACCGCUCUCCGGACAUGGGAAACUACAGCAUCGAAAAAAGAGAUUGAAAAGGCCAUUCACAACUUCUACCCAGAUCUCUCCGACCACUACUUCCAGUUGCCUCCUCACCAUGUGAUGGAAGAUGGACAUGUCAUCCCAGAGGUCCUCUUUUCAAAAGUCCGACAUGUCACCAUUUCUGUUAAGAAUCGUACUUCACCAGGUCUCGACAGAAUCAAGUCUGACCAUCUGAUAAACCAAUCGCCAGUCCUUCAACACACUGGCGAAGCUCUUCAUUCGUUAUCUGUUGGAAUGCAAAGUUCUUAA